AUGGGUACCGGAAAAAAAGAGAAGCAAAGACGUAUCCGUCAAAAUGACACCAAGGACGGCAACUUGAGGGUGAAAGGUGAGAAUUUCUAUCGUGAUGGCAAGAAAGUUAAGUUUCUGAACAUGUACACCGAUGGGAAGUCGAUCCGCAAUAAAAAAGGCGAUUUGAUUCGAGCUGCACCUCUCCAGGGCGCAGAUAUUCCAACGGCCAGAGUGCAGCCGGAUCGUCGUUGGUUCGGAAACACCCGCGUAAUCUCACAGGACGCGCUAUCGCAUUUCCGUGAGGCACUUGGUGAUACGGAAAAAAACAAUUAUCAAGUGCUGUUACGCCGGAAUAAGCUUCCAAUGUCUCUGUUGGACGAAAAAGAUACGCAAGAAUCUCCGCAGGCGAAGAUCUUGGAAACCGAAAGUUUUGAGCAAACUUUUGGUCCCAAGGCGCAGCGUAAGAAGCCCAGAAUGGCAGCUUCGAGUCUCGAAGAUCUAGCGGAUACAGCAGCCGAAAACGUUAAGCAGUACGAGGAAAAGGCCGAAUUGGACUCAACUUUGGGACUGAUGGGUCAGAAUGCCGAAAAUGAAGACGGUUGGUCCCAGACUGCCAAGGAAGCCAUCUUUAGCAAGGGACAAUCCAAGCGUAUCUGGAACGAGCUGUAUAAGGUCAUUGACUCCUCAGACGUGGUUAUUCACGUGUUGGAUGCCAGAGACCCCAUGGGAACCAGAUGCAAAUCUGUGGAAGAAUAUAUGCGCAAAGAAACACCUCACAAGCAUCUCAUAUAUGUGCUGAACAAGUGUGAUUUGGUGCCUACGUGGGUUGCAGCUGCAUGGGUAAAGCAUUUAUCAAAAGACAGACCAACUUUGGCAUUCCACGCUUCCAUCACGAAUUCUUUUGGUAAGGGUUCAUUGAUCCAGCUGCUACGUCAGUUUUCGCAACUUCACAAGGACAGAAAACAGAUCUCGAUUGGAUUUAUUGGAUACCCAAACACUGGUAAGUCGUCCAUCAUCAACACCCUACGGAAGAAGAAAGUCUGUCAAGUGGCACCCAUUCCGGGUGAGACUAAGGUUUGGCAAUACAUUACGCUUAUGAAGAAAAUUUUCUUAAUCGACUGUCCUGGUAUUGUACCGCCUUCAUCAAAGGACACAGAGGAGGAUAUUUUGUUUAGAGGUGUUGUAAGAGUGGAGCACGUAACUCAUCCAGAACAGUACAUUCCGGGAGUGCUGCGAAGAUGCCAGCAGAAGCACUUGGAAAGAACCUACGAGAUAUCUGGCUGGAAGGAUUCUACCGAAUUUAUUGAAAUGUUGGCCAGAAAAAUGGGUAGACUUUUGAAAGGAGGUGAACCUGAUGAAUCAGGUGUUUCUAAGCAAGUGCUAAAUGACUUCAAUAGAGGCAAGAUUCCAUGGUUCGUGUCCCCACCUGAGAAGGACAACAAAGAUAAGGCGGAGCCAUCUUCCAAGGCUGUAGAGAGCAAUAAGAGGACUGCAGAUGAAGCUGAGGCCGAAACCGAGUCUCCAGAGUCUCAAGAGACCAAGAAGACUAAGAUCUAG